CGCGUCUUGGACGUCUCGGGAAACAAUUUUGGAUUCUCUGCCUGGCGGUCCUUGUUUUUUGACCUGCAUCUGCUCCAUAACUUGGAUGAUCUUACCAUCACUUCCCCACCCUCUACGUAUGAGCAAGUUCAUCCUAACUAUACCUGCAUCCUGACACCUUACAGGAAUUGCCAUAGCUCAUUGGCUUAUCCAACCCCCAACGAAGUGGUUCUCUCUCAAGGCCAGGUGAGUCUAUCUAAGACCAACUACGGUCGUUUGAAAGCAACAAAACCUGAAGACCUUGUCGGAAAGUUACCUCAGAAUUCGAGCAACACGAUCAGAAGGUCAGAGGAGACAUCUGAUUUGAAAAAUGGCUUUGCUGCACCAGUGCACCAGACGUUAAUGCAGCCAACUGUGCAGUAUCGAACGUCAGAUCAAGUAACAUCUAACGUCUUCUCGAGAAUCACAAUCACUCCAAUCAUCUGGCUCCGUUCGCCCCCAAACGUAAGGUUCAUCCGAAUGGCCUUUAUCACACUCCAAACUUUUAUUCAAUUUCGGGUUACAUGGAGACUGGUUGACGCACAAAAUAUUCAGGAAAUUUACGCGUUAGACAUCCCUUUCCUGUUCUACUGCCGUGGACGCCUGCUGGGCCUGGAGCACCUUAAAGUCUUGGACGUGUCUGGCUCGAUGAUGGACGUGGAGCAACAUUUCUACGAAGAUUUGCCUGGCUUAAAAGUUUUGGUUCUCAACUCCAUCUUACCUUUGAAUUACUUCCAGAUCGUCGUGUCGUGUAAGCGACUCCUUCGGAACUUGACCAGUCUGACGUAUCUUGACUUGACCAACAACGGCCUUAACACUCUGUUGCCCGGGACCUUCACGUCCAACGUGCUGUUGACUUAUCUGGUACUGGCCAGGAACCGUUUCUCGAGCAUUCCCUUUGAGUUUCACACGACCCCGAGGCUGAGGUACCUUGAUAUGACGGAGAACGCAGUUCCCUACUUAGAAGAGCAGGAGAUGUCUGCAAUCGACGCACAGAUUCACCAGACUGGAGACUUCACCUUAAAACUUCACGGCAACGCUAUUGUCUGUCUGUGUUCAAACAUCAAAUUUCUGGGUAAGUUUCAGAAAACUAUUUAUUAAUAAUAAAUUGUAAGACGAUACAGGAAUGGUGGUUCACCGAAUAAUUUAAAGCUAGGCACCAAUGUGACUGUAGAUGUUAUUUUUUACGGACUCUCAUAGAAAAACACUUCCAAAUAUAUUUUAAGCAGAGAUAUAAUGUUUAAAAAAUAUAUUACAAGUGAUCAGAUUUUGUCAGCUGUUAGAAAGUAGCAUUGCAAGGGAGACCUAAUAUUUGCUCAAGUUAGGCAUCUUCAAGAAUUAAUGCACUUUUUAGGAAUGUAAACAUUUUAAAAAAAUAAGCCUACUUUUUCUUGCCUGUUAUUGGAAUGACAAAAAGACGAUACACUCACCUGCCUUGGAACGGCUCACUUAAUUUCGUGUAGUUAAGAUUAAUUGUUUUACUAACUGUACAAUUAGAUAAUUAAUCAAAAUCGCUUAAAUACAGAUGAGUCUUAAAAUUAUUUAGUGUAAUUUUUUACUUUUACAUUUUUCCUUUAACCAGACAUUUGUAUCCACCUGUUCCCACACAUUUCGUUAGUGAAGAAAUAAAUAUCUCACCUUUAAUAUAAUAUAAAAUAUAUCAUAUAUAUCAAUAAAUGAUACAGGAUUGGACAGAUGCCAACCUCACGCUUCACCCCCGGGCACAUCUUUCCCUUUGCACGGCUCCAGCAAUACAUACAAUCAUUAUGUAACAUGGCCUACAUACAAUCAUUAUGUAAUAGGGCCUACAUACAAUCAUUAUGUAACAGGGCCUAAUAGAAUCAUUAUGUAAGAUGACUUACAUACAAUCAUUAUGUAAUAGUGCCUACAUACAAUCAUUAUGUAACAUGGCCUAAUACAAUCAUUAUGUAACAGGGCCUAAUACAAUCAUUAUGUAAUAGCGCCUACAUGCAAUCAUUAAGUAAUAGCGCCUACAUACAAUCAUUAUGUAAUAGCGCCUACAUACAAUCAUUAUGUAACAGGGCAUAAUACAAUCAUUAUGUAAGAUGACCUACAUACAAUCAUUAUGUAAUAGUGCCUACAUACAAUCAUUAUGUAACAGGGCCUAAUACAAUCAUUAUGUAAUAGCGCCUACAUACAAUCAUUAUGUAAUAGCGCCUACAUACAAUCAUUAUGUAACAGGGCAUAAUACAAUCAUUAUGUAAGAUGACCUACAUACAAUCAUUAUGUAAUAGUGCCUACAUACAAUCAUUAUGUAACAGGGCCUAAUACAAUCAUUAUGUAAUAGCGCCUACAUACAAUCAUUAUGUAAUAGCGCCUACAUACAAUCAUUAUGUAAUAGGUCCUACCUGCAAUCAUUAUGUAAUAGUUCCUGCAUACAAUCAUAAAGAUAAUAAUCAUAAUAAUAAAGUUUAUUUGAAAAUCCCGCUUCAUCCCCAAAGGCUCGAAGCGCGGUACAAAGUCAACCAUAUUCAAAGACAAAUGGAAACAUCUAUAUUUUACCACAUUGAAAUAAAAAACGCAACAUUACGAAAACUACAUACGCAAAUACCCAUUCUAAGUCUUUCAUAUCUUGGAACCAUAAACAACACAGGCCAAUAUACAUCUAGGAGAUAAUAGCUAGCUGGAAAAGAUGGUAGACAACAUCACCCCAACAGGUGUUUGCGAAAUAGAUGUGUUUUCAAAUCGGUUUUGAAGAAAUCCACUGUCUGGCUGUUUCUCAGAAGAGUGUUCCAAAUGGUUGGGCCAGAAAAUGCGAAAGUUCGCCUAUUAUCAGAUAGGGCCUAAAUACAAUCAUUAUAUAAUAGGACAUAUGUACAAUCCUACCAUAUAUGGACUAAUUAAAAUCAAAAUUUAUAGUUCCUACAUAUAAACAUUAUGUUAUAUGGCCUACUUACAAUCAUUUUAACAUAAUUAGUUGAAAUUAUAUUUAUAUGUAUGUUAUGUGUGGUGGAGUGGUUAGUUGGACUUUUACCACUGCCUCGUAGUGUUAAAACUUUGCUAUGUGCCUGCAGUUAAGACUGUGCUAUGUGCCUACUGUUAAGACUUUGCUAUGUGGCUGCUUUUAAGACUUUGCUAUGUGCCUGCUGUUAAAACUUUGCUAUGUGCAUGCUGUUAAAACUUUGCUAUGUGCAUGCUGUUAAAACUUUGCUAUGUGCCUUCCGUUAAGACUUUGCUAUGUGCCUGCAGUUAAGACUUUGCUACGUGCCUGCUGUUAAGACUUUGCUAUGUGCCUGCAGUUAAGACUUUGCUAUGUGCCUGCUGUUAAAACUUUGCUAUGUGCAUGCUGUUAAGACUUUGCUAUGUGCCUGCUGUUAAGACUUUGCUAUGUGCCUGCUGUUAAGACUUUGCUAGUGUCUGCAGUUAAGACUUUGCUAUGUGCCUGCUGUUAAGACUUUGCAAUGUGCCGGCUGUUAAGACUUUGCUAUGCGCCUGCUGUUAAGACUUUGUUAUGCGCCUGCUGUUAAGACUUUGCUAUGUGCCUGCAGUUAAGACUUUGCUAUGUGCCUGCUGUUAAGAUUUUGUUAUGCGCCUGCUGUUAAGACUUUGCUAUGUGCCUGCAGUUAAGACUUUGCUAUGCGCCUGCUGUUAUAAGUGAGCUAAAUGUAAAUAAUGAUUCGGGAUACAAUGUAAAUAUUUAGAGGAUUUCCUUCUAAGGAAACACAUUAUUGUCUCAAUGAUUUGAGGAUGAGAAGAUGUACUGGCAUCAUUGUCUCAAUGUUUGGUGGAUGAGAAGAUGUAUUGACAUCAUUGUCUCAAUGAUUGGUGGUAGAAGAUUGGGACAAACCAGCUGGUAGAAAAGUGGACAAACAAGCUGGUAAAAGAAUGGGACAAACCAGCUGGUUGAAAAGUGGGACAAACCAGCUGGUAGAAGAGUGAAACAAGCCAUCUGGUAGAAGAGGUAGAAAAAACCAGCUGGUAGAAGAAUGAGACAAACCAGCUGGUAGAAGAGUGAGGCAAGCCAUCUGUUAGAAGAGGUAGACAAACCAGCUGGUAGAAGAGUUAGACAAACCAGCUGGUAGAAGAGUGAGACAAGCCAUCUGGUAGAAGAGCUAAAAAAACCAGCUGGUAGAAGAGGUAGACAAACCAGCUGAUAGAAGAGUGAGACAAACCAGCUGGUAGAAGAGUUGGACAAACCAGCUGGUAGAAGGGUUGGACAAACAAGCUGGUAGAAGAGUGAGACAAACCAGCUGGUAGAAAAGUUGGACAAACCAGCUGGUAGAAGAGUGAGACAAACCAGCUGGUAGAAUAGUGGGACAAACCAGCUGGUAGAAGAGUUGAACAAACCAGCUGGUAGAAGAGUGAGACAAAUCAGCUGGUAGAAGAGUGAGACAAAUCAGCUGUUAGAAGAGUUGGACAAACCAGCUGGUAGAAGAGUUGGACAAACCAGCUGGUAGAAGAUUGAGACAAACCAGCUGGUAGAAGUUUAGAUUAAAACAGCUGGUAUUGGUAGAAGAGUUGGACAAAACAGCUGGUAGAAGAGUUGGACAAACCAGCUGGUAGAAGAUUUGGAAAAACCAGCUGGUAGAAGAGUGGGACAAACCAGCUGGUAGAAGAGUGAGGCAAACCAGGUGGUAGAAAAGUUGGACAAACCAGCUGGUAGAAGAGUGAGACAAACCAGCUGGUAGAGGAGUUGACAAACGAGCUGGUAGAAGAGUUGGACAAACGAGCUGGUAGAAGAGCGAGACAAACCAGCUGGUAGAAGAGUUGACAAACGAGCUGGUAGAAGAGUUGAACAAACCAGCUGGUAGAAGAGUUGAACAAACCAGCUGGUAGAAGAGUGAGACAAACCAGCUGGUAGAAUUUAGGAUUAAAACAGCUGGUAUUGGUAGAAUAGCUAGACAUUAAUUUUUGUUGUUUUGUUGGGUUUUUAUUCAAUUCAAAGGAGUGCACGUUUGAUUUUAGUUUUUUUAAUGCAUUACAAUUUUUGGAACUCCGAGCAGUGGGAUAUUCAACAACUCCACAUCCCAGCUCCACUCCAAACCCCGGAUUUUCAGUUUCGUUCCAAUAAUCAAUCACAUGACCUUUGACAUAGAAAACCUUGACCCAUGAUGUCUUCCAACUGUGUUUGGUUUGAAUGAUUCUUGUUGUCAUGUCAGUCACACAAUUUGGUGACUAUUAAAUUCGUCUAAUUAAAAAUCAAUUUUUCUAAGAUUGUAUAUUUUGAGUGUUUGUAAAAUAUAUAUAUUUUCUUUUACAACCACAAUUGGCUCAGUUUGAGACAUGACAACAUUUUAUGUUGACAGCUUGGCUACAAACGACUCAUACAAACUUGGACUAUGGGGGAAACUACACAUGUACGUCACAAGAUGGCCGCAUCACAAGCACAGGCCAUUUCUCUGAUACACAGGGAGUUUGGAGACAAUGUGUGGGGAGGUGAGACAGUGUAAGGGGGAGGGGGAGACAAUACGUGGGGAGGGGGGGAGAUGUGAUGCGUCGAGAGGUGAGACAAUGUAUGGGGGAGGGGGAGACAAUGUAUGGGGGAGGGGGAGACAAUGUAUGGGGGAGGGGGAGACAAUGUAGGGGGGAGGGGGGGAGAGUGUUCAAUGUAUGGGGGAGGGGGAGACAAUGUAUGGGGGAGGGUGAGACAAUGUAUCGGGGAGAGGGAGACAAUGUAUGGGGGAGGGGGGGACAAUGUAUGGGGGAGGGUGAGACAAUGUAUGGGUGAGGGUGAGACAAUGUAUGCUGUAUUCAGGCAAUGAUUUGAAAGGGGAUGCAAUGUAAAAGGAGUCGAGGCAAGGAGGGCGAGCUGAGAAAAAGUGAUGAUCAGGCAAUAAUGAUUAUUAUGUAAGGAGGAUAAGUCAGAAAGGGCAGAGGUAUAACCAACAGGAAAAGUACAAGACAGUUAUGGAACUUGGCAAGAGACAAUUUAUAUUUUGGUUUAUAUUAUUAGCCGUUAUAAAAUCAAAUUAAAACUCUUUUUAAUACCUUCAUUAAUUAAGGUAGACUUGUUUUAUGAUGGCUGGUUUGUGUGCUUGACAAAUAUUUAAAAUAUCUUACGUGAAGUCUCUUUUAAAAUUGUUUACUUGAUCAGAAUUGUUUUAGAUGCGCUGAAAUUGAACAGAUAUUAUGCACUAUAAAGCUCAGAUUGAAUAGGUAUUUUUGUAUGGAUGCUUCUUAAUGUGCUCUUUUAUUACAAGGAAACGAAACAAUGGAUCGUAAUCAGAUGUGACCUGUUCCUUCCUGUUAACUUCUAAUAGCAUUUAUAUGUUGACAUCCCGGUGCAUUGUAGUUUUUUAAGUUAUAAUUACACUUUUUAAAAAAAAUUUAACAUCUCUUAUCAUUGACAGAUUUUUUAACAUCUCUUCUCAUUGACAGUUUUGUUAACAUCUCUUAUUAUUGACAGUUUUGUUAACAUCUCUUAUCAUUGACAGUUUUGUUAACAUCUACUAACAUUGACAGUUUUGUUAACAUCUCUUAUCAUUGACAGUUUUGUUAACAUCUCUUAUCAUUGACAUUUUUGUUAACAUCUCUUAUCAUUGACAGUUUUGUUAACAUCUCUUAUCAUUGACAGUUUUGUUAAGAUCUCUUAUCAUUGACAGUUUUGUUAACAUCUCUUCUCAUUGACAGUUUUGUUAACAUCUCUUCUCAUUGACAGUUUUGUUAACAUCUCUUAUCAUUGACAGUUUUGUUAACAUCUCUUAUCAUUGACAGUUUUGUUAACAUCUCUUAUCAUUGACAGUUUUGUUAACAUCUCUUAUCAUUGACAGUUUUGUUAACAUCUCUUAUCAUUGACAGUUUUGUUAACAUCUCUUAUCAUUGACAGUUUUGUUAACAUCUCUUAUCAUUGACAGUUUUGUUAACAUCUCUUAUCAUUGACAGUUUUGUUAACAUCUCUUAUCAUUGACAGUUUUGUUAACAUCUCUUCUCAUUGACAGUUUUGUUAACAUCUCUUAUCAUUGACAGUUUUGUUAACACCUCUUAUCAUUGACAGUUUUGUUAACAUCUCUUAUCAUUGACAGUUUUGUUAACAUCUCUUCUCAUUGACAGUUUUGUUAACAUCUCUUAUCAUUGACAGUUUUGUUAACAUCUCUUAUCAUUGACAGUUUUGUUAACAUCUCUUAUCAUUGACAGUUUUGUUAACAUCUCUUAUCAUUGACAGUUUUGUUAACAUCUCUUAUCAUUGACAGUUUUGUUAACAUCUCUUAUCAUUGACAGUUUUGUUAACAUCUCUUCUCAAUGACAGUUUUGUUAACAUCUCUUAUCAUUGACAGUUUUGUUAACAUCGCUUAUCAUUAACAGUUUUGUUAACAUCUCUUCUCAAUGACAGUUUUGUUAACAUCUCUUAUCAUUUAAAGUUUUGUUAACAUCUCUUAUAAUUGACAGUUUUGUUAACAUCUACUAACAUUGACAGUUUUGUUUACAUCUACUAACAUUAACAGUUUUGUUAACAUCUACUAACGUUGACAGUUUUGUUAACAUCUACUAACAUUGACAGUUUUAUUAACAUCUACUAACAUUGACAGUUUUGUUAACAUCUCUUCUCAUUGACAGUUUGUUUAACAUCUCUUCUCAUUGACAGUUUUGUUAACAUCUCUUCUCAUUGACAGUUUUGUUAACAUCUCUUCUCAUUGACAGUUUUGUUAACAUCUCUUCUCAUUGACAGUUUUGUUAACAUCUCUUAUCAUUGACAGUUUUGUUAACAUCUCUUAUCAUUGACAGUUUUGUUAACAUCUCUUAUCAUUGACAUUUUUGUUAACAUAUCUUAUCAUUGACAGUUUUGUUAACAUCUCUUCUCAUUGACAGUUUUGUUAACAUCUCUUAUCAUUGACAGUUUUGUUAACAUCUCUUAUCAUUGACAGUUUUGUUAACAUCACUUAUCAUUGACAGUUUUGUUAACAUCUCUUAUCAUUGACAGUUUUGUUAACAUCUACUAACAUUGACAGUUUUGUUAACAUCUACUAACAUUGACAGUUUUGUUUACAUCUACUAACAUUAACAGUUUUGUUAACAUCUACUAACGUUGACAGUUUUGUUAACAUCUACUAACAUUGACAGUUUUGUUAACAUCUACUAACAUUGACAGUUUUGUUAACAUCACUUAUCAUUGACAGUUUUGUUAACAUCUCUUAUCAUUGACAGUUUUGUUAACAUCUACUAACAUUGACAGUUUUGUUAACAUCUACUAACAUUGACAGUUUUGUUUACAUCUACUAACAUUAACAGUUUUGUUAACAUCUACUAACGUUGACAGUUUUGUUAACAUCUACUAACAUUGACAGUUUUGUUAACAUCUACUAACAUUGACAGUUUUGUUAACAUCUCUUCUCAAUGUCAGUUUUGUUAACAUCUCUUAUCAUUGACAGUUUUGUUAACAUCUCUUAUCAUUGACAGUUUUGUUAACAUCUCUUCUCAUUGACAGUUUUGUUAACAUCUCUUCUCAUUGACAGUUUUGUUAACAUCUCUUAUCAUUGACAGUUUAGUUAACAUCUCCUCUCAAUGACAGUUUUGUUAACAUGGCUUAUCAUUGACAGUUUUGUUAACAUCUCUUCUCAAUGACAGUUUUGUUAACAUCUCUUAUCAUUGACAGUUUUGUUAAAUCUCUUAUCAUUGACAGUUUUGUUAACAUCUCUUCUCAUUGACAGUUUUGUUAACAUCUCUUCUCAUUGACAGUUUUGUUAACAUCUCGUAUCAUUGACAGUUUAUCCCUGAUGGUUUCGCUGAUCAUCGCGUCAUUGAUGGCCUUGACCUUUCUGAGCGUCUAUCUCCUGAUGAGAUUUAAAACGUCCCUGAUCGCCUUUGUGUUGAACACGAUAGCUCCUCAGUGCAAGGCCAAGACGUCACGUGACUACGAGACAGAUGUUUUCAUUGGCUACGCCGAUGAUGAUCACAGAUAUGUGGCAACCGUUUUGAAAAGGUGAUUACAAUUAGUUUUAUUAAGCCAUACGUGGGAAAUGUUUACGAACAUAUUAUUGGUAUGUGCCCUUGUCAGUUUAUGAUAUGAGAAAGUUGUACUGAUGUAUAUGUUUAUGUACGUUCCUAUGUCAGUGUCAGCUAAGACCGUUUCACCAAGAUCACAUAAUUAAAAGUACACACUACGAAAAAAGGCAUGGAGGUAUACACCCCACUCUCACCCCCAGCCCCACACUCACCCCCAGCCCCACCCUCACCCCCAGCCCCCCACUCACCCCCAGCCCCACACUCACCCCCAGCCCCACACUCACCCCCAGCCCCACACUCACCCCCAGCCCCACACUCACCCUCGCGUGUAGCUGGUUGAAAAACUACGGACCGGGGAAUUUGAGAUGACCUGAGAGUGGACGAAGAUACCUUGACCCCAGGUUUGAAAUUUUUUGUUUUUCAAAAAUAAUUUGGUUAGUCCUGCUGCAAGCCAGCUGAUGGCAAACUGCUGUGUGUCUUGUGGAGAGUUUGGAACUCGACCGGUUCGGACUUCGACCGACUGAUCAAGGGCCAGGUGCGUCAGAUCUCACACCAGGGUUACCGUUGGGACGACUGGUUCGGACUUGGAGGCGCCGACUGAUCAAAGGGCCGGGCGCGUCAGAUCUUACAGCAGGGUACCGGCCAUCUGACCAGGAUAUUUCGCUGGGACGACUGGUUGGUAACCUGGUGGCGACAGGGGUGGGGGUAGUGACCGACUGAUCAAAGGGCCGGGCGCGUAAGAUUACAGACCUGGGAAAGAAACUCUAUGGACCAGGGACUUAUAAAUAGGGACCUCUGGACAGGACUGGGGAGAACUCGGCCGGACAGAGAAGCAGACAUUAGAGAGAACUCGGACGGUAGGAGAAGAGGGCAGUCAGAGUUGUGAGAUGAGAGAAAGUAUAAGCGAAGUGUCAGCCUAAUAAAGAACAAUAUUAUAAUCAUCAAAUGUUAUCGCCUGAGUUGCUUCCUUAGUGAAUACCAGAUAUAGAUGAAGGUUAGCAGAGAGCAGACAAGGUUUCCUUACAGUAUUAUAUCGAAGCUAAGAGAGAGAGAGACUGACUGUUUUAUAUCGGACUAGUGACCACUAACCCAAGCUAUUAUGGCAAAUCUGGCAAUCAACUUAAAGAACAGCCAUCGUACUACAAUCGCCUCUAUGACUAGUGACCACUAAGCCAAGCCAUCGUACUACAAUCGCCUCUAUGACUAGUGAUCACUAAGCCAAGCCAUCGUACUACAAUCGCCUCUAUGACUAGUGACCACUAACCCAAGCCAUCGUACUACAAUCGCCUCUAUGACUAGUGACCACUAAGCCAAGCCAUCGUACUACAAUCGCCUCUAUGACUAGUGACCACUAAGCCAAGCCAUCGUACUACAAUCGCCUCUAUGACCAGUGAUCACUAAGCCAAGCCAUCGUACUACAAUCGCCUCUAUGACUAGUGACCACUAAGCCAAGCUAUCGUACUACAAGCACCUCUAUGACUAGUGAUCACUAAGCCAAGCCAUCGUACUACAAUCGCCUCUAUGACUAGUGACCACUAACCCAAGCCAUCGUACUACAAUCGCCUCUAUGACUAGUGACCACUAACCCAAGCCAUCGUACUACAAUCGCCUCUAUGACUAGUAACCACUAACCCAAGCCAUCGUACUACAAUCGCCUCUAUGACUAGUGACCACUAACCCAAGCCAUCGUACUACAAUCGCCUCUAUGACUAGUGACCACUAAGCCAAGCCAUCGUACUACAAUCGCCUCUAUGACUAGUGAUCACUAAGCCAAGCCAUCGUACUACAAUCGCCUCUAUGACUAGUGACCACUAAGCCAAGCCAUCGUACUACAAUCGCCUCUAUGACCAGUGAUCACUAAGCCAAGCCAUCGUACUACAAUCGCCUCUAUGACUAGUGAUCACUAAGCCAAGCCAUCGUACUACAAUCGCCUCUAUGACUAGUGACCACUAACCCAAGCCAUCGUACUACAAUCGCCUCUAUGACCAGUGACCACUAAGCCAAGCCAUCGUACUACAAUCGCCUCUAUGACCAGUGACCACUAAGCCAAGCCAUCGUACUACAAUCGCCUCUAUGACCAGUGACCACUAAGCCAAGCCAUCGUACUACAAUCGCCUCUAUGACCAGUGACCACUAAGCCAAGCCAUCGUACUACAAUCGCCUCUAUGACCAGUGACCACUAAGCCAAGCCAUCGUACUACAAUCGCCUCUAUGACCAGUGACCACUAAGCCAAGCCAUCGUACUACAAUCGCCUCUAUGACCAGUGACCACUAAGCCAAGCCAUCGUACUACAAUCGCCUCUAUGACCAGUGACCACUAAGCCAAGCCAUCGUACUACAAUCGCCUCUAUGACCAGUGACCACUAAGCCAAGCCAUCGUACUACAAUCGCCUCUAUGACCAGUGACCACUAAGCCAAGCCAUCGUACUACAAUCGCCUCUAUGACCAGUGACCACUAAGCCAAGCCAUCGUACUACAAUCGCCUCUAUGACCAGUGACCACUAAGCCAAGCCAUCGUACUACAAUCGCCUCUAUGACCAGUGACCACUAAGCCAAGCCAUCGUACUACAAUCGCCUCUAUGACCAGUGACCACUAAGCCAAGCCAUCGUACUACAAUCGCCUCUAUGACCAGUGACCACUAAGCCAAGCCAUCGUACUACAAUCGCCUCUAUGACCAGUGACCACUAAGCCAAGCCAUCGUACUACAAUCGCCUCUAUGACCAGUGACCACUAAGCCAAGCCAUCGUACUACAAUCGCCUCUAUGACCAGUGACCACUAAGCCAAGCCAUCGUACUACAAUCGCCUCUAUGACCAGUGACCACUAAGCCAAGCCAUCGUACUACAAUCGCCUCUAUGACCAGUGACCACUAAGCCAAGCCAUCGUACUACAAUCGCCUCUAUGACCAGUGACCACUAAGCCAAGCCAUCGUACUACAAUCGCCUCUAUGACCAGUGACCACUAAGCCAAGCCAUCGUACUACAAUCGCCUCUAUGACCAGUGACCACUAAGCCAAGCCAUCGUACUACAAUCGCCUCUAUGACCAGUGACCACUAAGCCAAGCCAUCGUACUACAAUCGCCUCUAUGACCAGUGACCACUAAGCCAAGCCAUCGUACUACAAUCGCCUCUAUGACCAGUGACCACUAAGCCAAGCCAUCGUACUACAAUCGCCUCUAUGACCAGUGACCACUAAGCCAAGCCAUCGUACUACAAUCGCCUCUAUGACCAGUGACCACUAAGCCAAGCCAUCGUACUACAAUCGCCUCUAUGACCAGUGACCACUAAGCCAAGCCAUCGUACUACAAUCGCCUCUAUGACCAGUGACCACUAAGCUACACAAUGAUAAACACUUGAGUACCACUCAAUAAACUUAAAGAACCUGAUCGUGUUACAAAGCAAGGAUUUCAAAGGACGAAAACGCCCUUAUGCCUCACACGCGCUGUGAGAACCACUCAAAAUGAGUGACCACCACACUUACCACAACCCACCCCUUGGAGUGGUGAUCCCUAACCCAACCUUGAGAACAAUUCUAAAUAAUGUUUUUAAAAAAAAAAACUAAUUAACUAAUUAAAAGUCAUAAUAAAUCACCCCGCAACAAGAAGAAGGUCCCUAGAUUAUCGUACAAUAACAAGAAGAAGGUCCCUAGAUUAUCGUACAAUAACAAGAAGAAGGUCCCUAGAUUAUCGUACAAUAACAAGAAGGUCCCUAGAUUAUCGUACAAUAACAAGAAGAAGGUCCCUAGAUUAUCGUACAAUAACAAGAAGAAGGUCCCUAGAUUAUCGUACAAUAACAAGAAGGUCCCUAGAUUAUUGUACAAUAACAAGAAGAAGGUCCCUAGAUUAUCGUACAAUAACAAGAAUUGACCUGUUUAAUGUCUCCAGAACCCUUGAUUGACCCAUGAUAUGCCUUCAAAAACCUAAAUUGACCUAUCUUAUGUCUCCAAAACCCUCACAUAAUGAGAACUACUUGGUGAAAGACAACUUAUUUAAAAUUAAAAUUAAUUAAAAGCAUCCCACAAGACAAUUAAUUAUAAAGAGACAACAAAGUUGGAAUAUUAAUUUAAAAAGUAAUUAAGUAAUUAAAUGAUUAUCGCUUUCUGGAACAUUCUAGAUUAAAUUAAUAUCCUACUUGAAACGUAAAAAGAAGGCUUUUCUAAUUUAUUUUUGGAAUACAAAAAAAAUCAUACAACACAAUGCACUAUUAUAACUAUAGUACAUUUAAUUUCUGAGUCUGAUUCUGAUAGGGUACGUUGCUGCAUUCAUGAUCUUGCCCCUUCCAUAAUGGUAAGGAAUUCGUUUUGCCUAAGAUAGGGGGCCCUAUAAAAAUCAUUUGAUAAAUAAUGGAGUUAAAAUUUAAAAUUUGUUCCAAUCAAAUCUAUUUUAAAAUGCCAUUGAUAAAGCUUUUUUUUUUAAAUUAUCGACCUUUCUAGUAAGUUGUAGAUUGGAUAUAAUUAAUUUUAAAUCCAUCGAUAUGUCAGUAAGGACAAUGAAAUGUAUUGCUACCACGAUAGGCCGAGAUCCAUCCAUUCAAAAAGAACCUAGAGUGUUGUCUAUUGAUAUUUCUAUAAUAUAUACCGGUAGCUUAUGAAAGGAAAAAUGAAAUGGGGCCCCGGCCACAGAGGAAUGUAUGUCAUGAGUUCAGUACCCUUCGGUAUUUCAAUAUGGCUAAUCAAGUGUAUGUGUACUAAGUUUGUUUAAGAUCCAUCUAUUCAUGGGAAUUUUUUUUGUUAAUUUUUUUAUACAGCUCAUAAAAGGGAAAAAAUAACGAUUUGGUGCCCCUGGCCCAAAAUGGUAUACUUUUUAAAGUUCCAACCCCCCCCCCCCCCCCCCGUAUUUGAUUCUGGAUAAUGAUGAAUAUUUGUUUCAAGUUUGUUCAAGGUCAAACAAUCCAUGUAAAAACGUCUGUGGAACGAAGCCACAAACAAACAUUCACUUUUAUAUACUGUAGUACGAGUGCCCUGACAUACGAAAUUUUUUAGAUACGAGCCGUUGAGCGAGCGAUGCUUUGCUUUGAGAUACGAGAAAUAUUUGAGAUACGAGGAACCGGAUCAGCGGGUCAGCCGGCUGUAGUGACGAAAAUUAAAAGAAAGUAACCAAAAAAAGUGCACAGUGGCAUUUAUGUUCAAGUAAGUUCAGUGAAGUUUAGUUAAGUUCCAUUAAGUUUAAGGAUAAACCCUACACCUCCGCCAGCGUCUUCCGUAGGCUCAAGUCGGCUGAUGUCCAAGGUACAUACACUUUAUAAAACCAGUUUAUUUCUUUACAUUCUCUUUUAUUAUGUUUUUAUACAAUAUUUGUCAUCAAUAAAUACAUUUUUCUUAUAAAAAAACAUGUUAUUAAAAAAACAACUCAUGUGGCAUUUUGGGGGCUGGAGCGGAUUAAUGUCAUUUCUAUUAAUUUCAAUGGGUAAAGUGCUUUGAGAUACGAUCAAAUUGACUUACGAGCAAGGUUACGGAACGAAUUAAUUUCGUUUCUCAAGGUACCACUGUAUCUAUAUCCUUUAUGAUAUGAUGUUGUAUGAUCUAUGAUAUGAUGAUCUAUGAUAUGAUGAUCUAUGAUAUGAUGAUCUAUGAGAUGAUGAUCUAUGAUAUGAUGAUCUAUGAUAUGAUGAUGAUCUAUGAUAUGAUGAUCUAUGAUAUGAUGAUCUAUGAUAUGAUGAUCUAUGAUAUGAUGAUCUAUGAUAUGAUGAUGAUCUAUGAUAUGAUGAUCUAUGAUAUGAUGAUGUAUGAUAUGAUGAUCUAUGAUAUGAUGAUCUAUGAUAUGAUGAUGAUCUAUGAUAUGAUGAUCUAUGAUAUGAUGAUGUAUGAUAUGAUGAUCAAUGAUAUGAUGAUAUAUGAUAUGAUGAUCAAUGAUAGGAUGAUCUAUGAUAUGAUGAUCAAUGAUAUGAUGAUAUAUGAUAUGAUGAUCAAUGAUAUGAUGAUAUAUGAUAUGAUGAUCAAUGAUAGGAUGAUCUAUGAUAUGAUGAUCAAUGAUAUGAUAGGAUGAUCUAUGAUAUGAUGAUCUAUGAUAGGAUGAUAUAUGAUAUGAUGAUCAAUGAUAUGAUGAUAUAUGAUAUGAUGAUCAAUGAUAGGAUGAUCUAUGAUAUGAUGAUCAAUGAUAUGAUAGGAUGAUCUAUGAUAUGAUGAUCUAUGAUAUGACAAGACAUGUCACUAAAAGCGUGUUGGCUGCAAAGUCAGCAGGUAAACACCUGUAUCUGGUUUUUGCCCAGUUAUUUCCCAUUUCACAAAGCGGUAAGUGAACUAACCUCUAGGAUGUUCCAGAUUGUCUUCCAUGUGUUCAGUCUCAGUUUAAUGCAGCAUGAACUUUAGCGCUCUUGAGGCGUACAAUUCAAACAGAUUACGUCCAGCCACGCUUGAUAAGUAGAAACAACGGUCACGUGCCAAUAUUGCACGUUUCAUAAAUGAUUUAUUUGGAAGUACUUGUGUUUUGUUUUAUUUAUUAACUAGUUUACACCCCCGCCCCCACCCCCCCCACCCCCCCCAAAAAAGAUGUAUUUUUUUUUUUUAAAAAUAUAAAUUAAAACCACUCUACUAUUUAUAAACACAAGAUAAAAGAUGUUUUUUAUAUUACCAGCUCUAGCAGAGCCGUCGCUUGAUAUUUCGAGACCCCCAGCCCCUUUCCCGUUGUCCCUUCCCCCCCCCCCAUCAAAGUUGAAUUUUUUAAUUUUUUUAAAAAGUGUCUACAUUACAACUUCGAGACCCUUCAAAUUAAAUAUACGAGGCCCCCAUAAUGUGUUAGUCUAUAUAUAUGGCGUCCCCUGGAGACGAAUUAUUUAAAAAAUAAGGAGCAAGAAUGUAAAAUUUGGCAAUCUCUGUAUUAAAUUGUAUAUUUUGAUAUUGAAAAAAAAAAUUUACAAGCUUUGGCAAACUACGGCUCGUGGGCUUCAUAUGGCCCCCUUCCUAUUUCUGAAUGUUUUACCAACUAACAAGGGAUUUUUUAAAUAAUACGGUUGCCCUUCGAUAUGUACGCCCAGGGAGUCAUGAAGAGCCCUCCAUUUUCUUCAGCCUCAUUUACCAGGCACGCAUAAAAUUUUUACAAUUGACCUACUUAAAAUAUUUUGAUAACCGCAAAAAUGAAAAUAAAAUAGUGAACGAGUAAAUUUUAUUGUUUCACUUUUUAAACAGUUUAGUAGUCAUUCUCUUGUUAUAUAUAUUUAAUUAAAGAAUAAAUUCUGAAAAAUUAAAGAAAAAUUUUGGAAAUAUUUUUUUUUAAAUUGUAUGAAUUCUUGAUUAUUUCAGAUUUCUCGAGGAUGACCUUGGGAUGACGAUAUUUAUUCACCAACGUGACCUUGGGGUUGGCUUCACUGACCAGUUGUUCUUUGAGGCUAUCCAUAACAGUUGGAGAGUUAUGCUUGUGAUAACAGCUACAUUCCUACACUACUACGACAUGGCUGACAAAGUCAUGAAGGUAUGAAGUCAUCAGUCAAAUAGCCCACCUGCACUUGGUUGGGUUCAACUACCAAGCCACUGUCAUACAGUCUAACAGUCUUGGGUGGGUUCAACUACCAGGCCACUUUCAUACAGUCUAACAGUCUACAGCAUUUCAUUAAGUGAUAAUUAGUGAGUUCGGUGACCGUUUGAUACACUUGACCACCAUUUCAGACCUUCUGAUGUUAAACACUGACAUCUUUAACGGCUGAAAAGAUGUUGUAGCAGACCUUUAGAUUUCAUUACAGAUUCUUAUUUCAGAUCAUGUUAGCAGCAGACGUUAGACGCCAGACGUCACUCUGAACAAGUUAAAUCACGAGCUCUUCAAAUUCCUAUGUAUAGCCCAUUAAGAUUUGUAAACAUUUGUAAACAUUUGUAAACUUUUGUAAACAUUUAAAUUUGAAGAGAAUGCUUCAAUUCCAUUCCUUCUCUUCUUCUUCACCUUUUCAACUCCCAGUGGAGCAUAGAGUCAUGGAGUUAUAGACUCCUAGAGGCAUAGACAUAGAAUCGUAGAGUCGUAGUGAUAGAGUCAUAAAAUCAUAGAGUCUCGGAGCAAUAUAGUCAUGGUAUCAUAGAAUUAUAUUCAUAGACCAAUAUAGUCAUAUAAUCAUAUUGUUAUAUAAUGAUUUCUGUCAUGUCUAAUUAAUGCGGUGCAACGUCAUAUCACCUCUGCUUCUUCGCUUGAUGGAAAAGUUUGUUUACAACUCCAGAAUCGUUCAGAUGUCUCAUAUUAGUCUAACUCCUUGACUAUAAAUAGCACGGUCGACUGUGACCGGUCGAUCAAACAGACCCACGAGACCUAAAAGAUGGCAAGAAGGACUUACACGAUUUCCACAAAAUUUUCUCAGAAACUUUUGUUGUAAAGACUGCAUGUGUCUGUGAGCGUGUCAUGUGUGUGUGUGUGUACAUAUGUGUGUAUUCUAUCGUUAGAAGAGCUUUUCUUUCUAUAAGUUUAAUUUUUUAUAUGUAUUCAGAUGCUGCGGCUGGUCUUGUUGGUUUCAUUCCAUUACCUUUCUUGAUUGUUCUAGACCAUCGCUUGUGUAUUUUUUUCCAUACCAUGGCUUGUCUUGUUGGUUACAUACCAUGGCUUGUCUUGUUGGUUACAUACCAUGGCUUGUCUUGUUGGUUACAUACCAUGGCUUGUCUUGUUGGUUACAUACCAUGGCUUGUCUUGUUGGUUACAUACCAUGGCUUGUCUUGUUGGUUACAUACCAUGGCUUGUCUUGUUGGUUACAUACCAUGGAUUGUCUUGUUGGUUACAUACCAUGGCUUGUCUUGUUGGUUACAUACCAUGGAUUAUCUUGUUGGUUACAUACCAUGGCUUGUCUUGUUGGUUACAUACCAUGGCUUGUCUUGGUGGUUACAUACCAUGGCUUGUCUUGAUAUAAUGUCCGUUCUUAUUUACUUCAAAAUCCCCACAACUACUUUCCUUAGCUUGGAGAUUUAUAAUGGUAGAUAUUAUCAUCCACUAAAAAUCACAGUCAUUAUUGGAAUAUUUCCAUUUCAGCUGAUCAAGAAUUUCAUCUAAGAGCAAGUACAAAAUCGUUCCUAAAUGUCAGGGUUGAAGUCAUCAGAACUUUUUAGUGGGACGUAAUUGCAUAUUCUGAAAAUGUAACACUGAUCCAACGGCUAUUUCCCCUAGCUUUAGUUUACGAGAGAAAUACAACGGAAAUAAUCAUUGCUCAGUUAUUAUAGGUGGUUGUUUUAUUAUGGUCUUUGGUGUAAAUAGUUUGACAAAAAGCUGCCAAUAUUGUUGUGUGAAUAGUUUAUCAAACAUCUUCCAAAAUUCUUGUGUGAAUAGUUUGUUACAAUAAUUGCCAAUAUUCUUGUGUGAAUAGUUUAUCAAACAGCUGCCAAUAUUUGUGUGUGAAUAGUUUGUUACAACAAUUGCCAAUACUCUUGUGUGAAUAGUUUAUCAAACAGCUGCCAAUAUUCUUGUGUGAAUAGUUUGUUACAACAAUUGCCAAUAUUAUUGUGUGAAUUGUUUAUCAAAACAGCUGCCAAUAUUCUUGUGUGAAUAGUUUGUUACAACAAUUGCCAAUAUUCUUGUGUGAAUUGUUUAUCAAAACAGCUGCCAAUAUUCUUGUGUGAAUAGUUUGUUACAACAAUUGCCAAUAUUCUUGUGUGAAUUGUUUAUCAAAACAGCUGCCAAUAUUCUUGUGUGAAUAGUUUGUUAAAACAGCUGCCAAUACUGUUAUGUGUGUCUAAACGUUUAAUCAAAUUAUAUUUGUCCAACUUCCAGUACGCCAGCCAUUCCGUGACCCCAGUCAACCAGGGGCGUGUCUUCGUGUUGAUGGAGGAGUCACAGGUGCAACACAUUCCCUCCUACCUGCUUGACAUCUUGGAUGACACCAGGAUCAUCAUCGUCCAUGACCUCAAGUUGCCCUUGACCUACAAGCAGCAGAUGAGCAUAAAACAAUGUAUGGGAUAGAUAAGUUAUAGAAAUAUCUGUGAAAGAUCUGGGCUGGAUACUUUAUUGAAAUGUGUG